UGUAAAUACUGGGGUAAAGAAGGGGUGUAUUAUGAGAGGCAGCGACCAUGAGGAGGGUGUGAGGGAGGUGUUGAGGCGGGCAGGUGGGGCCCAGUUCCUCACUCUCCUCCUCGCCUUCACUCCAGUAACAUCGUCUCUCCUCGUCUUGCAAGAUGCGGUGUUCUAUUAAAAUAUUGCUGGCCUCCAUCUUCUACGUGGCUGGCGUGACGAGCCAGUACCAACCAUUACAGACCCUGGGUGUCCCGAAGUCUUCUAGUACUUCACCUGCUUUUGACGGUAUUCCCAGGGAUAUUAGUCGACCACUUCCUGGAUUAAUUGAAGCAAUCGGAAGCCUGCCGAGUAGCGCUCAACCUAUCGCAGCUAAAGACGCCUUUAUCCUCCAGGGCCCUGGCAGCGUCCUCGUGCCAGACGCAGGCCAGCACAGAGGAAGUUUUGCUGAUGGACGUUAUUUUCCCCAGGACUUUCGUAGUGAUGUAGCACCCGGUCCUAAUGUCGGCCAGGGUGCCUUUGGUGGUCCCGGUCCUAAUGUCGGCCAGGGUGUCUUCGGUGGUCCCGGUCCUAAUGUCGGCCAGGGUGUCUUCGGUGGUCCCGGUCCUAAUGUCGGCCAGGGUGUCUUCGGUGGUCCCGGUCCUAAUGUCGGCCAGGGUGCCUUUGGUGGUCCCGGUCAAAUUCUCGGCCAGGGCGUCGGCAGUGGUCCAGCUACUAUAUUCAUCAGUGGCAGGUUGGACCAGGUGAACGUUCCGCGGGUCGCAGUGGGCAGCACUGGACCUUCUGGAAGUGUUGUCAGACCUGUUGGCGUCCCUCAGGUCAGGCGAGUGGAUGAUGUCUUCCACCCCACUGUCACCCAAGUUGUCACCAUCGACCGUUGCGUCACUGUCACUGACCAAGCCUUCAACAGCGUGGCAGUAACCUUAACGUCCUUCAGCGUGCAGACUGUCACCGUCGGAACACGCUCGGUGCUACAGACUCCCGUUGAUGACCGGGUCGCUCUCCAGACUUCUGUCUCUGUCCGGCCAACGUCAGUAACGUUAACGGAAGUGAAGUCUGACUUCAGGAUCGUGACGGAAACGUCACUAAGUUACGUGACCCUCGGCCACACGUCCUACAUAAUCAGCCAGUACACCUACACCACUCCGGCCACCCAGGUGCUGACGUAUACAGCGACGGUGGUACACACGAAUAUUAACACAAAGAGCACCACCUUCACCAACUACCGGACAGUGACGGACACCUUGUACGUUAACAGCGGCUACGGCUACCGUCCUCAAUAAAUGACUGUUAAUCUUAAUACAAAACUCUUGCAUUGUUGUAAAAAAUAUCGAGUAAACUUGAGUCAUA